CUACAGACGCUCCCUGGCGGCACGUUUGAAGCUGAAUUUUGCGGCUAAAUUCUGCGCCUAGCUUCGGUUAUAAGUCGUUUAUUACACAUUUCAGCGAGUUUCACCUUGAUUUUUUUAGCAAAUUCCGGCGACGACUGGUCCGUGAAGUCAUGCAACGUCCUGGUUCCGACGACACUGCGCCGACGCACGACAGCGACCAGGCGACCAAGGCCUUCUGGAAGGCUCUGAUUCCAGCAAAGAAACAGAAAAAAGCCUCCAAGAAGGAUAGAAAAGACAAAACGACCGUGGAGGCCAAACCCAAAAAGAAAAGUGCCAAAGAGAAAAAGGGGAAGAAAGAAAAAAAGAAAAAGAAAGAGAAGCUGGACUCCAAUGUCAGCGCCAAGUGUGCUCCCCCUGCGCAGAGUCACAUGACCCAGGAGUCCCCCGCGAGAAAGAAGAGGGUGGCCUUUCACCUCAUGCCGCUCUACACCUACAAGAGGCACCCGGAGCUCGCGGCGCCGUCGUCGGUCCAGCCGGGGGACAGCGACUCCCCGCCGGACAUCGUCGGCAGUCAGGACCUGUUCAUCACCCAGAACCACUUCCGAGCGUCGCCCUCGGACCCCUCCAGCGAGGAGCUCAGGACCCCUCCUCAGUCCAGAAUGGUGCGAGCCAAAGUCCGAUGCACAAGCAAGAGUCCUCAUAGAGCUCCUCAGCGAUCCAGCACAGCCACCCAGACCGAGAACUUCUUCACAUCUGAGCUGUCCAGCCUCCUGCACUUCCAACAGAGCGCAGGUUCGAGCGCCGGGGACACGCAGCCGCUCGACCUGAGCCUGCCUCACAGGUGCCGGGCCGGCGGAGGGAUGCCAGAAGGCGGGCAGAGGUCUGGCGCCAUGAGCGACGAGGACAGCACCCCCAGCAACGGGUCUCAGCUCGAGGCCAAGUCUGUGAACACCGUGACGUCCAGCGACGAGAGCGACAGGGUUGGCAGAGCGGACCUGGCACAGGUCCGAGCGGUCCAGAUGAGGCUCAAUGAGUCCUUCUUCUUCAAAACCAAAGGCGACACUCAGCCACCGAGACCCGAGUCCCCGCUGAUGAAGCUGAGUCAGGGCAGAGACGGGAAGAAGCCCAAGAAGAAGCUCAAAGGUUCCAAAACCACCUGAGCAUCUU